UUUAUAUAGCGCGGAACUACAACGGGAAACGUAGUAAUAAACUGAGCAUCGAUUUCUGCGUUUUCAGAAAUUCAGAAAUAUCUACACUUUAUAAUGUUGAUAUUGUUGGUAGCGUUUAUUACUUUUGCAUUUACUACUUUACAAUCUACGACCGUUCUAGGACAGUUUGCUCGUGACAGUGAAGUAAACAACCGACCAAUAAUUGGUAUUUUAGCACAAGAGAAGUUUUCAGACAGUUCCAAAAGUUAUAUUGCUGCAUCAUAUGUAAAAUUUAUUGAAGGAGCCGGUGCCAGAGUUAUUCCAAUUUGGAUUGGAAAGAAUGAACAGUAUUAUGAAAAUAUUUUAUCUAAAAUAAAUGGAGUUCUAUGGCCUGGUGGAUCUGCGUCUUUGAGUAACAACAGUGAGGGGUAUGCAGAUGCAGGAUAUAAAAUUUACAAAAUUGCAAAAAGAAUGAAUAAAGAAAAAGAUUAUUUUCCCAUACUUGGAAUAUGUUUAGGAUUUGAGUUGUUAACGUAUGUUGUUGCUGAGCGUAUUAAUCAUAGGUCACGCUGCAAUGCAACGAAACUAGCACUCAAGUUGGAAUUUACAUCAGAUUACAAAAAUAGCAGGAUGUUUUCUAGUAUUUCAAAUAAUGUUAAAAACAUAUUGGAAACUAAGAGUGUGACAUCAAAUCAGCACCAAUAUUGUGUUACGAAAAAGGGUUUACAACAUGUUAAAGUAAGAGAUAAAUUUCGAAUACUGUCUUUGAAUCAUGAUUUAAACAAUCUUGAAUUCAUUUCUUCGCUGGAACACAUCACUUAUCCUUUUUACGGCUUGCAAUUUCAUCCAGAGAAAAAUUUAUACGAAUGGGAACUCGGGAAAAAUAUUCCACAUGGAGAAAAUGCUAUUAAAAUUGCACAAUAUUUUGCUAAUUUUUUCGUUAACGAAGCGCGUAAGAAUCAUCAUAAAUUUAAAAACAAUACUGAAGAAGCUAAGAAGUUAAUUUAUAAUUACUCACCAACUUACAGUGCAUUGGAUAACUCUGAUUUCAUGCAAUCUUACAUAUUUGAUUAAUAGAUAUAUUAUGAUCUGUUGAUAUUUGUUUAGUUAGUUCUCGGUCUGAUAAUUUUAUUGUAUACUGUUACUAAUUAUUAUUUUGUUAUAUAUUCUGUAGAUAUUAAAAGGAAUGCUAAAUUUUUUAAAAUGAAUGUAAAUGUAUUACAGACCGAUUCUAUUAUCACUAAAUCUUUAAUUUAUGCUGAAAAUUUUAUUCAAAAUAGAAUUAAAGCAUGGGAGAUCAUUACAUGUAAAACAGGACACAUAGUGUUCACAUUUAACAUAACACCAGUGUAUAUUGUGUCAUAACUGGGAUACAUAAUAUUACAAUGGUGCAUAAUAAAGUUCUAUACAUAUUUCCUUCUAUCUAAA